GCAUGGAAUGAUAGGUACAAAUAUGUUGUUCUGAUGGAGUAAGCUCUAGGGAGAUCUCCGUGUUCUUUUUUCAGAAAUAAUCUCCGUUACUGGAUAUUUUGUACUCGUACAUAUUGGUGAAUCUUCCUGCAUUUUUGUAAAUUUUAAGGACCAAAACACCGUACAUUACAUUUAAGUCUUUUAUAUUUUCCUAAAGAUGCGAAUUAUGCGCUUAAGUUUGUACUGAAAGCGUAAAGAAAUUCAUACCUACUUCCUCCACACUAUAGCAGUGUCUUAUCGCUGCCUCUUAUUGACAUUAAACAAUGGAAAUCGCAAAGAUUAUACUCUUUACGGUGAUAUACCGCACCCUCUUGAUUGUGGAUGAGUGUAAUGGAGAGAAUACUCGGGUCUUCUCCAACUCGAGGGGAGGCUCAUAUGCAUCAAAAAGAGAUUCAAAUGAUCUAGUUCUGGAUAUUGGCGAAAAAAUACAUCCAGAAGGAAUCAUGGUGGAACACGACGGUGAUGAUAUGGCCUUCACCAGGGUACAUACUGUAAAAGAACCUUUCAAAAUCUUGGAGAUUACCUACGGGGACGAUGUAGUAUGGAAAGCGAAUGGAAAUGAUUCAUGGUGUGAAAGUGUAUCAACACACUUUCUGAACAAAUUUCCAUUAGUUGCCAUGGUUUAUUUGAAAACCAAAAAAGGAAAAAUGACAACAGAACUAUUCUCCAUGCAAGGUGGAAACUGGGUAUCUUCAGAAGAUAGAAAGUCCAUUAAACCAGCUAAAAUUGAACUUAGUGGAUCAAAAGAUGAUUCAAAUAAAAUAGCAGAAAUACAAGUCCAAAGAUCCAUUUUGAGGGAUGAUUUAUUGUUUGGGAACAUGGUCCAUGUCCACGAGUACGACGAAAAAACAUUCCGUAAAUCAAAAACUGCCGUACUUGAUAUAUCGGAUGUCGAUCACGGGGCACUUGAUAUCACUGUUCAUACCGCUGGUAAGUUCACAUUUUACGAAUUGUCUCCAAAAGUUGGACAUAGUUUGGAGAAAAUCGUAGAAGGGACAAAUCUUGUUUCUGACUUUAAACCUGGUGAAAAAUGCGUAAAACUGUGGCACUUCCCAGAGACAAAUGUUGCAUCAGUGGUUAGGUUAGUUAUCGCAAAUUCUAGAAAGUUUUAUCACAAAGUACUUGUGAAAUAUGGAAGAACAUGGGAACCCGUAGGGUUGGAUGUCUUUCAUUCAAUGAUAGAAGAAAGUGAAGAUGAACACGUUGUAUUCGAUGCAACCAGAGAAGACGUCCGCUCCAAAUUUUUUGUGACAAAUGGAAAGCCUGCUGCCGUUCCAUAUACAGUAUACACACCAAAUUUACAAAUAAAGGCUGUAGGAGUAUACCAUAGUGGUGCACAGAUAUGGAGAGCUCGACCUAAUGAAUACUGCAUCUGUAUCAUGGUAGAUUAUGGUAAGAUCCCCUCAUAUAUUAGCAUUACUGUGCUGGAUCUAAAGGGCGUUAAAGACCUAUUCUUUGUUAGAGCUGGUGCCAUAUGGAAAAAUGUCGAACACAACGCAUACCCAAGCAAGCAUAAGUUACACGUUUAUAGCUUUUUCUAUAAUGCUAACAUUACCUACAUUUGCAGAAGAAUGAUAGAAGAGUUGAAUAAGGAUAGAAUUAUAGAAUAUCAUCCCCGUGGAGGAGCUUCCCAGUUGAGGACGCAUUAUGAUUACAGGUUCUAUAAAAAUGCCUCAUUCAACACCUCGGUUUUUACGCUAGAUGUAAGAGAGGAAGGGUUUAUAAAACGUGUAAAGUGCACCUCUAAGGAAGGAACUUUUCCUACGAGGUUGUUUUAUGGAAAGGAUAUAAUAUGGGAGACUAGGUCACCCAACGAAUAUUGCAGUGCUGCUGUUGUUUAUUUCAUUGAUGUUUUUCCGGAAUUUGCAACGAUACACGUUUCCAGGCCGGAACUAAAUGAGGUUUUACGCCGUCAAAGAAAAGAUGGUAAAUGGGUAACUAUUUACAAGGAUGAUUACAAGGAACUCCUCGAAAAUCUAGGGGAAACAGAUAUUGAAUCUAUCAAAUCUAGUGCUAAGGAUGAUGAGCUUGUUGAUGCUGAAUUUGAGGACGAUAGACUGAAUGUAUUCCUGGAAGAUUCUUCCGUAUUUAAAGCAGAAAAAAAUUCUGAAUAUGGAAUAACAUACAUAAAAUAUACGCCAGGAGGUGGGUUCAAGUUACCUGUCUUAUAUUCCGAAGAUAAGGUUGUGAGGGUACAUAUUUCUUCUGAUUCAUAUUGUUCUGAGGUUAUAAUAUAUUUCGAUGAAAACGGGCCAAAACUUGCUUUGGUUCACAUUAACGACUCAGAUGUUGAAGUUUCAGUUUACCAUGAAAAUGCUAGUGGUAUCUGGAAGAGUAUCACCGCACAAAAGUACAAACAGAAGUUUGAUGAGAUGAAGAAAUCACCUGGCGUUCCAGAGGAAAUAACAGGGCCUCAGUCAUGGUUGUUCUCCGCUCCAUCUGCGGAUGAAUCCGAGUCUUUUGGGGAUUCCGUACCUAGAAAAGCUGAUAGUUCUCUCAAUAAACCUACCCAACGAGUAGUACCAUUUACUCGCAGAGGUCGACCUAGAACUACUCCAAGACAGCCUAUAGAAGACAUAAUUGAUCUUAAGGAGGAGCUUUCUCACAGAUAUGUGGAUAUAAAACAAGAUGGAGAUUACAACAUGUUUACAAGGGUGUUCAACGCAAUGGACAUACUUAAAGUUGUGAGGGUAAUGGAUGGAGGAAAAAAUAUUUGGAAGGCAACUGAACACGAAGAGUCAUGUUUCAAGAUUACAGCUGAUUAUUUGGGUAGAAUUCCGAUGUUUGUAACUCUUUAUAUCAAGAGUUCCAACGAUGGAACCAUUGUGAAAUCACUAUCUAUCAAGGGUGAUCAGUGGGUGGUGAUGGAUUCCAAUCAACCUACUGUAAAGAUUAAACACAGAAUAGAUAAAUGUAAAGCAAUGAGUAAAUCAGAGGAAAUUGGAUCCUUAUUCACUCAAAAUUCUGUUUUGCACGACGAAUAUCUUCUUAUAUCUUCUUCGUCUGAUGAUAUGGGAAGAUCAUUUUUAUACACCAAAGAUAGUGCUGUGUUGAACCUGGAAGAUAUUGAUACAAAUGUGUUCAUUGUUACAUCGUAUGGCGAUGACACCAACAAAACCUACAAGAUUAUACCAAACACUAGAUAUACCAUAUAUAUGAUUGUUGAUGGUCAUAAAGAUGUUUGGGGAUCUGAUCAAGGUGAUACUUGUGUUGCUGUUUGGUACUUUUCGAGUAGAAAACAUGAUCCCAUGGUUAGGGUACUAAUUGUAAACUCCAAAAAGUUCUACCACAAGAUUUUCAGGAAGUUCCAUAGUAAAUGGACUCAAAUAUGUCUUGAUACAUACUACCUUAGUUAUGAAAAGAAGGAUGAACUAAACAAUUUUGAUAUAAACAUCAGGGAACCAUCAACUGCGUAUUACGUUGUGGAUGGUAGGCGCUAUGGAGUCCCAUACAGGCUAUUUCUAAUGUCUGCACAUGUGAAACUUACAAGGAUUGUAGAUGGGAAAAGCACAAUUUGGCAUAGUAAUACCGGUGAAUAUUGCAUAGACUUUAUUAUAAAUUAUGGAAAAAGUGUAACAUAUAUAACGGCAACCAUAUUGCGUAAAAAGGGUGCGCUUGUUAUAUUCUUCAUAAAGGAUGGAGGUAAAUGGGCCACUAUGGAUGAGAAAUAUUAUCUUGACAGAUACAAGUUAUAUAGUUAUGACAGUGUUUCUGAGUCUGAGAUUAGAUCUCAGGAGUUGCUAACUUUGCAAAAAACUGGGCCUGUUACCUUAUAUCUCGAUGAUGUAGAUACAUCCAUUUUCACAGAAGAGCAGCUAAUGGAUGGAGAUAUUUCUUGCUUUAAAUACAUUUGUAAGAGCGGGACACAGAUUUCAAAAAUUGUAAGUUAUAAUGAUGUUAUAUGGGAAGUUUUAUCUGAGGAUGAUUACUGCACAGAGACAACCGUUCACUUUUAUGAAAUGGAACCUCAGUUUGUUCAUCUGGAGUAUAAAGAUUCUAAGAACUCUAGUAUUAAUGUAUACCGUCUCAGGGAAUAUGGUUCCUGGGUUCCUGCUAUGCCUAUAAGAUAUGAAUCACUUCUUCACGAAUUCAAAAAUGAUAUUGAAAGAGUUGAGCUGAAUAUUGUUGAUGUGGAUGAAGAAGUGUUCAAUUUAUCAUCUGUAACAAGGGGGAGUGCUAGUCGCCAAGUAAUUUCCAUGAAGCCUAAUUAUCGUCUAGAUUCAGUUUGUUAUGGUACAAAUAGGUUCUGGAAAUCUGAGUCUGGUGAAUAUUGCAAAAGAGCAUUUGUCUAUCUUGAGGGUAAGUAUCCUCAUCUGUGCAGUCUCAUCAUUUCACGCUUUAACGAAUCUGAAACUCUCUAUUUCCGUAAUAUAAAUCUUAACUUUGAACCUGUUAAGAAAUAUGAGUAUGAUGAGAUUCUUGAGGACAUGAAGGCUGGCAAAUUUCUUCCAAAAGCAAAGUCUGAGUCAGAUGGAUUAAACACUAGAGACAAAGCAUCUAUUCAUUCUGAGGCUUACGACUGUACUUUAAAUAUACUCGACUUACUUGACAAUAAAAUGGUCGAAAGCACGGCUAUGUAUCUUGAUUCAGUAUAUACCACACUUUUAUUUCCAAAGAAAUCAACUAAUAUUGUCAGAAUUAUUGAGGAACAUGAUGUUAUUUGGGAAUCUAAAAACCAGGAAAAAUGUGUAUACGUCAUGUGCCAUCACCAUAAUAAUAAUAUUUACCUAAUAGACGUUCUCAAAGAAACUCCCUCUGAAUUGAAGCACAAGUUUUUCUGGAAAACCCCUACUGAUUCAUGGAAGAAACUUGAUACAGAUUAUGGUAAAAAAUUGGGGAAUUCUAGGGUUAGCAUUGUUUCCAACGAUAGGCCUAUCCUGAACAUCAGGAGUUCAAAAAAUUACAAAUGUAAAUUAGUAGAAUUUGAUUAUCACGGUCUUCCCGCUCAAAUCCACAUACCUCAGCGUGUUUGUGUUAAUCAGAUUGUUGAUAAUGGAACUGUUGUAUUUAAGGGGACAUGGGAAAGAUGUAUAAUGGUCAUGCAUCACACAUAUGGAACUAAUGAAUUCCUGUAUUUGGUAACAUUGAACAAUUUUGACGCCCUUAAGAUUCACUACUAUCUCAAAAGGGCCGAUAGUUGGAAAUCUGUGGAUUCUAUCGAGUAUAAUCAGCUUCUAUCAAUGUUAAUUCAGUCUAAAAAGGAAAAUGAGCCGUCUCAUAACACUAGCCAUAUGGAUACUGGUGCGCUUGGCCCCAAGGUACAGAGUUCUACGUCAUAUACAGGUGAUCCUGCCAUAACCGUGGAUCUUUCACAGACAAACGUAGUAAAUGAAGUAUGUAGUUACGACGUGAAGAAAGAUCUUAAAAUUUACGUGAAGAGAUCUGUUGAGGGGAAUGAUUUUUACAGAUAUACUCAUAAACUCGAUGGUGAAAGAAGACCUUUCACGUUGUUUUCUCUUAUGUUUGGGGAACAUAAAACUUCUGGAAUUGGAAGAAUUAAUGGUAUCACAACAUUAUCAGUGUUUUACUGGAAGUUUGCUCCGGAUGUACCGCUGCUUAUAGAGAUGAAAAAGGUCGAUGGAAGAGCCUUUUAUUAUUCUAACGUGGGUGAUAGCUACAAGUGGAAAAGAAUAGAAGAGGAUAAUUCUAAACUUCAAAGUGCUCAGAUCAUUGGUACACUGAGAAAGUUGAGCAAAAAACUUAAUGGUUCUCUGAGUGGUGAUACAUCUGACACGGUCAUUACUACCUCACAUACGGAAACUUCAUAUAAAGCACUAUUCCCAGGAUACACUCUUUAUAGUAAGACUUAUCCUGCGGAUGUAUUGAGUGCCCAAUGCGAUGAGGAGCUACCCGUUAGCGAAGGGUCAGAAGUAACUGUAUAUUUCUAUGGCGAGGGAAACUACAAGAGCCCAUCUCUGUUGUAUGUAGAAAAUGAGCCUAAAGGUGUAUGGUAUAGUAAGGAUGAUAGUGAAUGGAAAGAAGAGUAUAGUCUGGUGGGGAAAACACCUUCAGAUACGGAAAGUAUUUUGACUGUUUUCCAUCGUCUUUCCAAGGACUAUAAUUUGGGAUAUAUACUUCCUGAUUCAGCCAGCACAUGCUUCUCUCUUCCAAGUGCCUUGUUUAAGCCCUCAGAAUCGUCUGGAACUGCGGCUAUUGAUAUUUCAAAGAAACCUACAAGUGGAAAUACUGAUUCUUAUACACUUUCAAAUUAUCCUGGAUCCACCAUAACCGUCUCUAAAAUUGAGGAUCUCCCAGAUUUCCACAGAUAUAAACACACUUUAAAUGGAGAAGACGUCUUUUCGCUUUUGUGUGUCUUAUACGAAGAUAACAAAACUGUGGGUGGAAUUGACAGAAUUGAGAAUAUUCGUGAUUUGUCCGUAUACUAUUGGAAGUAUAACCUUGAGACCCCUUUGUUUAUUGAGAUUACUAGGCAAAAUAGAAAGAAGAUAUACUAUAAGAACCUUGAUAGAGAUGCUCGUCUUAAUUGGUUCGGACCCUUUACUGAGGAUGUAUUCUCUGAAAAUCUACACACCACUCUGGUAAAUUGGAAUAAUGUAUUGAAUCUGGUUGCUCCAAUAGAUAUAUCAGUUAAGCAUGGUUCAUACUGCCAUAACGAAGAACUCGAUAAAAAAACAAUUAUUGUCUCUGCUAGGAAUCUUGGAGGGGAGCUUUCCGGUUUCAGCACUUCAACCCACAAUGCUGGAGACUCUAGUCACCCAUUGAACAUUGUGUCAAUAAGCUACAAAAAUAAAAGGCAAAAUGGCUUUACAUUUCCAAUAUUGGAUGUAAGGAACUUGACUGUUUACUUUGGAAGAAAUUCUCCAGAUCGUCCUCUUCUUAUACACAUUGAUUCUGAUGAAGAUGUAUGGUAUAGGAAAGUCUUGAAUAAAGAUAAUGCAUGGGAAAAGGAUAAGGGGUUGUAUCUGUCAUCCGGCAACCCAGAUGUUGCCAGUAUCAAGAAGGUUCUGCUCAAACUAUCUCCUGCAUCUUUUGAAUCUGAUGAGACUGAAGAAGUGAAUGCAAGCGCUAGUGUUGCAGAAAUAUCUAGUGCUAAGCCUAGUGGAAAUGAAAACACAGAUGUUGAAACAAAGUCCACAGAAGCUGAGGAUGAAGAAGAUGACGAUGUUGAACAAGAUGAGGAGGAUGAGGACGACGACGAAGACGAUGAAGAGGGACAAGGACAUAUACCAAAGGAACUCAAGACUAAGGAUGGCCACUAUAUAGACGAAGAGUAUAGUGUCUUUGUUACUGUUAUUUACUGGUUGAUGGCUCUAAUAUUCUUACUUCCAAUAUUUAUGCUUAUAAGACAAAUGUUCCAAACUGGAUGA